AUGGUCUUUGCGAACGCUUUGCUGCUGCCGCAGCCGAGACCACCGGCAGCGGCGCCGCCCUCCGCUGCCUCCGAUGGCGACACCUACCGCCGCCUCCCCUCCCGCACCGCCGUCCUCCGCAACCUUGACUCCUGCUCGUCCAUGGCGGAGCUCCGGCAGCGCCACUCCCUCCUCGUCCGCCUCGGCCUCUCCCACGACAACCACGCCGCCGCCCGCCUCCUCCGCUUCUGCGCCCUCCAUUCCUCCGGCGAUCCCGCCUACGCUCUCCGCCUCCUCCUCCAUCUCCCUUCCCCCGACGCCUUCCUCUUCAACACCCUCCUCCGCUCCUCCUCCGCCGCCACCGGCGACCACCUCCCCAUCUAUGAACUCAUGCUCCGCAGCUCCGUCUCCCCCAACGACUUCACCUUCCCCGCCCUCCUCACCUCCAUCACCGCCGCCCGCUCCCCCAUCGCCGGCGAGCAGGUCCACGCCCAUAUCUUCAAGCUCGGUUUCCAUCACCACCGGUUCUCCCAGAACGCCCUCAUCACUAUGUACGGCUCCUGCGGCCGCGCAAGCGUCGCCCGCCAGUUGUUCGACGAAAUGCCCCACCGGGACGUCGUCUCCUGGACCGCCAUGGCCGGCGGCUAUGCUGCCUGCGCGCAGCUCGACGACGCCCGUGUAUUGUUCGAUCAAAUGCCUGAAAAGAACUCCGUUUCAUGGAACACCAUGGCAGCCGCAUACCUCAGGAACGGCCGCCUCCGCGAGGCCUUGGAGCUGGUAGACGGCAUGGCGGAGUUGGACAAGUUCACGGCCGCGACGGUGCUGGCGGCCGCGGCGGAGGCCGGCGCGGGGUCGCGCGGGCGGCGCAUCCACGCGCGCAUCGUCGGCGCCGGCGUGCGCGUCGACGCCAAGCUCGCAGCGGCCAUCGUCGACAUGUACUGUAAAUGCGGCUGCUUGGAGGAGGCCAUGGAGGUCUUCCAUGGCCUGGAGGAGAAGCAGAGGGGGCUCUCCUGUUGGAACGCCAUGAUCGGCGGGCUGGCGGCGCACGGGCGGGGCGCGGCGGCGAUGGAGCUGUUUCAGAAGAUGGAGGAGGCGGCGGCGGUGGCCCCCGACAGGAUCACCUUCCUCGGCGUGCUCACCGCCUGCGCCCACGCCGGACUGGUCGACGAGGGGCGGCGGUUGUUCGCAAGAAUGCAGGCCUACGCGGUGGCCCCGGCGAUGGAGCACUACGGCUGCCUGGUGGACCUGUAUGCGCGGUCGGGGAUGAUGGCGGAGGCGGAGGAGGUGAUCGCCGGGAUGGUGAAGGCGGCGCUGCCGGACGCCGCCGUGGUGGGGGCCCUCGCCGGGGCUUGCAGGACCCACGGCGAGCUAGAACUCGGGGAGCGAUGGGGAUGGCGGGCCGUGGAGCUGGAGCCGCACAACGCAGGGAGGUACGUCCUGGUGGCGAACCUCUACGCCCGCGCCGGCCGGUGGGAGGCGGCGGCGAGAGUGAGGAAGCUAAUGGGGGAACGGGGGGUGGAGAAGGAGCCGGGGAGGUCGGUGGUGGAGGCGGGCGGCGCCGCCGCCGUGGGGGAGUUUGUCGCCGGCGACACCUCCCACCCGAAUUCAGGCGAGAUCUACGCCAAGGUGGAGGAGAUGAUGGCGAGGAUCCACCGGGAGGGGUACUCGCCGGAGAUGGCGGAGGUGCUCCACGAGGUGGCGGAGGAGGAGAGAGAAAGGCCGCUGGUGUACCACAGCGAGAAGCUCGCCAUGGCUUUUGGGCUGAUCAACUCCGCCGCGGGCGAGACCAUCCGCGUGUCCAAGAACCUGCGUAUUUGCAGGGACUGCCACGCCGCCGCGAAGCUCAUCUCCGCUACCUACCGCCGGGAGAUUAUCCUCCGAGACCGCCUCCGCUUCCACCACUUCAAGGACGGCGCCUGCUCUUGUAACGACUUCUGGUAA